GAUCCAGGAGGCUGGAUUGCCACUCAAAGCCGAAUAGCUGGGACAGCAGGAAAGAUGCCCGCAUCGCAAACUGGAUUUGGCAACUUCUUCUUGGAGAGGAACAUCAGCAUGCCGACUGGAUAUCAGAUCCCGGUGCUGGGAUGCCCACCGGGUGUGCAACAGCAGCAGCAGGCUCAGCAUCUGGCAGCGAUGGCAGCUGGGGUUCCCAUAACAUACUCAGGACUACAGGGAUACAACUUUAUCCCAUAUCCGCACCACAGGCACAUCGCACACAUGAACAACGGUUUCGACCUGAAGGCCGCAUCUCCCUACCAUCACGCGCUCCUGGCUCGCGGGGGGGCUUUCUACCCGCCCUACCGUCCGGGAGCUGCCGAGGAUCCCGGUAGGGUCACCAAGGUGGCCACUCGAGAGAGCACCGGGGCACUCAAGGCCUGGCUGAACGAGCACCUGAAGAACCCGUAUCCGACCAAGGGCGAGAAGAUCAUGCUCGCCAUCAUCACUAAAAUGAGCCUCACGCAGGUCUCCACUUGGUUCGCCAACGCAAGGCGACGCCUGAAGAAGGAGAACAGGGUCAGCUGGGCGUCGAAGGGGAAAUCAGAUGAGGAGGAUGAGGAGCAGGAGGGAGACAGCGACGAUGACGACAGCCCCCUGCAGAAAUGUCAUUUGGACGAGCGGGAUGAGACGGAGCAUGAUACCGACCGCGCAGACACCCACGAGCGCGUCCAGAGCGCGUUGGAAAGCUCAGCACCUGAGGAUGCGCGUCUGGAGAUGCCGCAGCAGCCAAGCAGCCCGCAGAAAGACGGAGCGCUUGCACUUGUCAAGAAAGUUGAAAAUAGUGACUCUGAUCACACCCCAUCCGCUUUGGAAAGUAAAGAAAACUGUCAAAAACCCAAAAUCUGGUCUUUGGCAGAAACCGCCACCUCAGAGACCGUGAAGAAACCUCUGGACAGUAUUUAUCACCCGGCCGGAAAACUGUGGGCUGACUGGGCUUCAAGAAGCGGACUGUUUGUUCCCUCGUGUUACACCACUCGUGAAAUUGUCUAAGCGGGUAUUUAGACACAAACUACAGACAUUUUCCACAUCGUUUGCACUUUAAUCUUUCAGACCUCAGGGAUUUCCUGAAGUUUGCAAUGAAAAUGAAAAUCUGUUUUUGAGACCAAAGACCAACAUGUUGUGUUACUGUAAAUAAAUGUAGAUGUAUUUUUCCAUCAACAACCUGUAAAUUAUGUUUCCUUUGUCUAAUCAUGAAGAAAUAUUUUUGCUUAAAUAAAGUCCAGCUUCUUGCGAAAUCCCGACUUGUUCAACUGGUUUGUAUUUGACUUUAACGCCCUUAUUAAUUUAGGCAAUAUACUUUGCAUACAUGGGAAAUUAAGCCAUACUCAGCUUUAUUUCCUUCUGACCAUAUAAAUGUAACAAUAGAUUGUUUAUAGGGGCCUUGCACAGAGGAUACAACACAUACUUCAAUAUUAAGUAAAAUCCUUCUUUAAAUUAAAGAGAGAAAUCCAUUUAUCCAUGUAAAUUUGAUGAGUACAGAGAGAGUAUUGGCCUCACUUUGCAUUUCAAACCCAAAUCUAGUGAAUCCUCCGAAACAUGUUUUUGGCUGAGUAAUCCUGGACAUUACACUUUGAAAAAUUUUAGAUCUCAGAUUCCAAAUUCUCAAAUUCCUGUGUGAGUGCCAGGUGAUGUUUGGUGUUCAUUUUAGACAUUUUCACCACAGGUAUGAAAUUCCUGUCCUCUAAGAUUAUGCUGCAAGCAGCAGGCCGCAGACCUGUUAAGAUGUUAGUAAUGUUUAAAGGUUCCCAAAGGGAUUCUUCUCUAUCAAAUCACCCAGGUUUCCAUGUAAAUUCAAAGGG